CAUCCUUUGCGGAAUGGUGACUCUUGAGAUGUUGCUGUGUUGUUGUGAGGCAGCAGUAUGGCGGAGCCGUCUGUCCAAAUGUCCGGGUUCGUUUUAGCUUCGUUUAUGUUCCAGCACGUUAACAACGACGAAGACGUGGAAGGACUGAUCCUUGGCCAGAGCCGUGUUGAUGAGCAGAUCACCAUCAAUGACUCUCAGGCCGAUCACAUUCACACAGAGGAGAUUUACAAUAUUCAGAAACACGCAACUUUCCACAAAUUGAACCACUUUUACAACAGUGUCGGAGACAUAGACGUGGAGGCUUUAACGAAAGCGCUGUCGGACAACAAGCAGGAGAGCGUGAUUGGCUGGUACAGACAGAGGAGAAACACAGACCAUCAGAUGACCUACAGAGAAAAAGUUGUCCAUGAGAAACUGAAGGUGUUUCUGUCCAACCCUCAUAUUUUGUUUGUGCUGUUCACGUCCAGUCAAGUGACAUCAUCAGGCUCCACCCACAGCAUGGAAUACGCCGCCUUCAUCUCCCGCAACAGUCACUUCCUGCACCUCCCCAUCAUCGUCACCAACCUGGGUUCACUGGAUCAGCAGGAGUACUGGAAGGUCUCCACUCUGUGUUCAGCUGCAGGUUAUGACCUCACCAUGAGGAAACAUGGGUCAAAUUUCUUCUCAUCUAACGGACUCCUGAAGGAAGUGGAUGAAAUAGUGAAGAUGAACGAGUCUCUGCAGGCGGAGCUACAGAAAACGUGUCGAGUUGUUGAGCAGAGCGAACGUCAGGUGGAACAUCUGCAGGCAGAAGUUUCUGCUCUCCGGAGGAAGGUCGCAGAGAAAAAGCGGAGCACAGAAGAGGAAGUGACCGUUGUCGAUCCCCCUGAAGAGAAAAACAACUUCCGGCUGCAGGAUGCCAUCAACAGACUUUUCCCCAACUCACCGGUGUUGGACUCUCAGACUGUGACCUCCGAUGGUUUUCCUGGUCCUGACAACUGCUGCAGCUUUGAGAGUAGCGGAAUCGAUUCCUCUGUUUUACAGACGUCUGAGAACCAGAGCAGAAUGAACUGUCAAAGGAGAGGGAGGAAGAGAAAACGCAGGAACAGCCGAUACUGACAGGAAGUUGAUUGAUGCACUACAUUAUUUAAUGACUGUUUGUAGAACUCUGUGCCUUCUUGGUACUAAUGGUCAUGUGACUGUGAUGUCACCUUUAUGGAGUCAAAGAGAAUGGGAUUUUAUCGGCUGUUCUUUUUGGUUUUAUUUUAAAAACCUACUGAAAUCAGAUUGACUUUUUUUUUACCUAUAGUUAAUAAAUUUUUCAAUUGCAGUA